ACAUCAAAGCUCAUCGAGCUCGGCUGUGCCAGAGCCUGGGGUCUUCCUCAUCUCCAACACGGGUGCGCAGGGCUGCCUGGAGACCAAGGACUCGCUGGUGAGACUCUCCAAGGGCUGCAACGCCAGCGCCCCGGCCCAGCAGUGGAAAUGGGUGUCCCGAAAUCGCCUCUUCAACGUGGGGGCCAUGCAGUGCCUGGGGGUGUCGUGGCACGGGGCCAAUGCCACGGCGGGGCUGCACCCCUUGGCCACCUACGAGUGCGACCGCGAGUCCGUCAACAUGCGCUGGAGCUGCCGCGGCCUCGGGGAGCAGCUCUCGCAGCACCUCGGUGCCCGCCCGGGCAAUUCCUCCCUGGACAGGGGGGACCAGGCACGUGGCUCGCAGUGGAGGACCUACGGCACCGAGGAGGACCUGUGCUCCGUGCCCUACUCCGAGAUUUACACCAUCCAGGGCAACUCGCAUGGGAAGCCCUGCACCAUCCCCUUCAAGUACGACAACCAGUGGUUUCACGAGUGCACCAGCACGGGGCGGGAGGAUGGUCAUCUCUGGUGUGCCACCACCCAGGACUAUGGCAAGGACGAGCGAUGGGGCUUCUGCCCCAUAAAGAGCAAUGACUGUGAGACGUUUUGGGACAAGGACCACCUCACCAACAGCUGCUACCAGUUCAACUUCCAGUCCACGCUGUCGUGGAGGGAGGCCUGGAAUAGCUGCGAGCAGCAAGGGGCCAACCUGCUGAGCAUCACCGAGAUCCACGAGCAGACCUACAUCAACGGGCUGCUGACCGGGUACAGCUCCACGCUCUGGAUUGGGCUCAAUGACCUGGACAUCAACGGAGGCUGGCAGUGGUCAGACAACUCGCCCCUCAAGUACCUCAACUGGGAGAGUGACCAGCCCGACAACCCCAGCGAGGAGAACUGCGGCGUGAUCCGCACCGAGUCCUCCGGGGGGUGGCAGAACCGCGACUGCGGCAUCGCUCUGCCCUACGUCUGCAAGAAGAAGCCCAACGCCACCGCGGACCCCUUCCUGACGGACUCGUGGUCAGAGGUAAAGGUGGACUGUGAGCCCAGCUGGCAGCCCUUCCAGUCCAACUGCUACCGUCUGGUGGGAGAGAAGAAGAGCUGGCAGGAGGCAAAGAAGACCUGCCUGCGGAGCGGGGGGGACCUGGUCAGCAUCCACACCCUUUCCGAGCUGGAGUUUGUCACCAAGCAGAUCAAGCAAGAUGUGGAGGAGCUCUGGAUUGGCCUAAAUGACCUCAAGCUGCAGAUGAACUUCGAGUGGUCGGAUGGGACACCCGUGAGGUUCACGUACUGGCAUCCCUUCGAGCCCAACAACUUCCGUGACAGCCUGGAGGACUGUGUGACCAUCUGGGGACCGGAAGGGAGGUGGAAUGACAGUCCAUGCAACCAGACCCUGCCAUCCAUCUGCAAAAAGCCUGGGAGAGUGAGCCAGGAGAAGGAGGAGGAUGACCAUGGGUGCCGAAAGGGCUGGAAGUGGCACAGCCCCUCCUGCUUCUGGCUGGGUGAGGACCGUGUCCCCUACAGCGAUGCCCGCAGGACGUGCUCCGACUACGGCUCCACGCUGGUCACCAUCACCAACAGGUUCGAGCAGGCGUAUGUCAGCAGCCUCAUCUAUGGCUGGGAUGGGGAGUACUUCUGGACAGCGCUGCAGGACAUCAACGAGACGGGUGCUUUCCGCUGGCUGAGCGGCGACGAGGUCAUGUACACCCACUGGAACCGCGACCAGCCCGGUUACAACAAGGGUGGCUGCGUGGCCCUGGCCACCGGCAGCUCCAUGGGGCUGUGGGAGGUGAAGAACUGCAGCACCUUCAAGGCCAAGUACAUCUGCCGGCAGAACCUGGGCACCCCGGUGAACCCUGAGCUGCCCGGCCCAUACCCCACGCCCAGCCUCACCGCUGCCUGCCCUCCGGGAUGGGGCUCCGACUCCAAGCUCCGGCACUGCUACAAGGUGUUCAACUAUGAGAAGCUGCAGGAGAAGAAGACAUGGAUCGCGGCGCAGGAGUUCUGCCGGGAGCUGGGGGCCCAGCUGCUCAGCCUGGGCAGCUACGAGGAGGAGCACUUCAUCGCCAACACCCUCAACAAGAUCUUUGGGGAGUCGGAGCCGGAGCUCCAUGAGCAGCACUGGUUCUGGAUCGGCCUGAACCGGCGGGACCCCGCGGGGGACAGGAGCUGGAGGUGGAGCGACGGGGACGGGCUGGGGUUUUUCUACCACAACUUUGACCGCAGUAACUACGAUGACGAUGACAUCCGGAGCUGCGCGGUGCUGGACCUGGCCUCCCUGCAGUGGAUGCCGAUGCAGUGCGAAGCCCAGCUGGACUGGAUCUGCAAACUGCCCAAAGGUGCCGACGUGAAGGAGCCAGAGAUCACAACCCAAGGCAGCAAAGAGUGGGUGAAGUACCAGGAGGCUGAGUACAAGUUCUUUGAGCACCACUCGACGUGGGUGCAGGCACAGCGCAUCUGCAGCUGGUUCCAGGCAGAGCUGGCAUCGGUGCACAGCGAGGCCGAGCUGCGCUUCCUGGGCCAGAACCUCAAGAAGUUCUCCAGGGGCCAGGAGCAGCACUGGUGGAUCGGGCUGCACACCUAUGAGAACGACGGGAGGUUCAAGUGGUCCGACGGGUCCCUACUCAACUUUGUCUCCUGGGCACCGGGCAAGCCCCGGCCCAUCAACAAGGACAAGAAGUGUGUGUACAUGACGGCGAGCAGAGAGGACUGGGGGGACCAGAAGUGCAUGACAGCGCUGCCCUACAUCUGCAAGCGGAGCAAUGGGACGGCAGCGAAGCCUUCCAUCCCACCACUGCCUGCUCCUCCGAGGGGGGGCUGUCCCUCCCCCUGGCACCGCUGGCUGGGGACCUGCUGGGGGUGGUCCUCAGUGUCUCACCAGCUGCUUGCAGCUUUCAUCACAUCCAUGCUGCCCAAUGUCUCCUUCGACCUCUGGAUCGGCCUCCACGACGCCCAGAAGGAGUUCCAAUGGGUGCUGGGUGAGCCGCUGCAGCACGUGAGCUGGGCGCCCGGCGAGCCCUCAGGCUGCAGCGCCUCCAGCCCCCGCGACAAGCCGACCAACUGUGUGGUGGUGUGGCAUGGCUCCCCCCCGCACUUCACGGGACGCUGGGAUGACCGGAGCUGCCUGGAGGAGAAGCACGGCUACAUCUGCCAGCAGAGCAUAGACCCGUCCCUGAGCCCCGCGCAGACGCCGUACCCCCCCUCGCCCACCAGCACCCUCUUUUACCACAACAGCACUUACCGCAUCCUGCAGAAACCCCUCAGGUGGCACGAGGCGCUGCUGCUCUGCGAGACCCUCAACGCCACCCUGGCCACCAUCCCCGACCCCUACAGCCAGGCUUUGCAGGUCACAGCACCCCCAAAGCUUCUCCUCCCCUUGGUUCUCCAGGGAGGCCGGAGCUACUCUUGGCUGACGGAGGAGAGCCUCUUCUAUGCCAACUGGCAGGAUGGGGAGCCCAAGCAGGUCUCCGGCUGCUCCUACAUGGAUGUGGAUGGGACCUGGCGCACGGCCAGCUGUGACACCAAGCUCCAGGGGGGAAUCUGCCAACUCCAAGCAGGUGUCUCCCGCACACACAAGUGGAGCUACAGUGGCAGCUGUCCCAAAUCGCUGGAGGACUCGUCCUGGAUCCCCUUCCGGGACCACUGCUACACCUUCCACAUGGAGAUCACUCUGGGGCAGAAGGACGCCAUGAAGAGGUGCCAGAAAGUUGGUGGCACAGUGUUGUCCAUCCAGGAUGAGAUGGAGAACGUCUUCGUGUGGGAGCAUCUCCAGGCGUACGAGGGUCCAUCCAAGGGUGCCUGGCUGGGCAUGACUUUCAACCCCAAAGGUGGCACCUUGGUUUGGCACGACAACACCGCCGUCAACUACUCCAACUGGGGCCAGCACGACACGGGGCCCAGCAUGCUCAGCCAGAACAGCUGCUACUGGAUCCAGAGCAGCAACGGCGUGUGGCGCCUGGGCUCCUGCACCAACGUCACCAUGGGGGUCAUCUGCAAGAUCCCCCGAGUGGAGGAGAGCAGCUUUUCGAGGGCAG